AUGGGCAAAAAUAAAGUCGAACAGAGGAAAAAAACGAAAAAAAAGAAAGCACUCAAGAGUCUCCGGCGUUUAAUCUCGCAAUCUCCGUCGUUUACUCUGUUGGAAAUGAGUUCUAAGGCGGGUCCAAAGUCCAAGGGAAAGAACAUCUCUCAGGGUGGAUCUAACCCAGGGGUCGAACAGGUGGUGCAAGGUCUUGCUGCGACGAAACUGGCUCCUUCACAAGACGAUGGUGGAGACUGGGAGGUGAUUUCCAAAAAGAACAAGAACAAGCCUGAGAAAUCAUGGGCUUCUUCGCCUAAUCCGAACCCUCCUAGAGCUUGGGGUGGUCAGCAACAAGGAAGGGGUAACAACAACGUAGCUGGUAGAGGUAAUGGCAACGGUGGUUGGGGAGCAAAAGCUACUGAUGCUAGGGUCUCCGCUGGUGGUGGUCGUGGAGCUGGUCGUGGACAAGGAGUGAACAGAGGGUAUGAUAACAGCUAUGUAGCUCCGUCACCUGUGACUCGCCCUCCUUUGGAAGGAGGAUGGAAUUGGAAGGCUAGUGCAGGUGCUGCUCAGCACACAGUUGUGCAGGACGAAGUUGAUGAUGAUGAUGAUGAUCUGGAUAAUGUUUCCGAGGAAGAUGAUGACUGUGAUGGGUUGGAUGAUUCUGAUGACGACCUUGUGAGUGAUGACUAUGACUCUGACGUGAGUCAGAAGAGCCACGGGACAAGGAAGCAGAAUAAGUGGCUGAAGAGGUUUUUCGACAGCUUGGAUAGCUUGUCCAUUGAGCAGAUAAACGAGCCACAGAGGCAGUGGCAUUGUCCAGCUUGUCAGGGUGGGCCUGGUGCUAUUGACUGGUACCAGCUGCAGCCGCUUCUUGCUCACGCGAGGACAAAGGGAGCUAGACGAGUUAAGCUCCAUAGGGAGUUGGCUGCAGUGCUAGACAUGGAUCUGCAGAUGAGAGGAGCUUCUGUCAUUCCAUGUGGUGAGAUUUACGGGCAGUGGAAAGGUCUGGGUCUUGAAGAAAAGGAUCAUGAAAUUGUCUGGCCACCAAUGGUGAUCAUUAUGAAUACUAGACUGGACAAGGAUGAUAAUGAUAAGUGGCUAGGUAUGGGGAACCAAGAGCUACUGGAGUACUUCAACGAGUAUCCUGCUAUUAGAGCACGCCAUUCCUAUGGUCCACAGGGCCAUCGUGGGAUGAGUGUUCUCAUGUUUGAGAGCACUGCCACUGGCUACUUUGAGGCUGAUCGUCUUCACAGGGAGUUAGAUGAGCAAGGUUUAGGAAGAGACGCCUGGGACCGGAAGCGUACCUGGUAUUCUGGAGGUGUUCGCCAGCUAUUUGGCUUCCUUGCAACCAAGCAAGAUCUUGCCGUAUUCAAUCAACACUGUCAAGGCAAAACGAGGCUGAAGUUCGAGAUGAGGUCUUAUCAAGAGAAUGUUGUGAAGGAGCUGAGGCAGAUCGCUGAGGACAACCAGCAGCUUAACUGGUUUAAGAACAAGGUGACGAAGCAGAACAAGCACGCCAAGGUGCUUGAGGAAUCUCUGGGGAUCUUGAGCGAGAAGCUGCGCAAAACUGCAGAGGAUAAUCGUAUUGUGAGACAGAGAACUAAGAUGCAGCAUGAACAGAACAGAGAAGAGAUGGAUUCGCAAGACAAGUUUUUCAAGGACUCGAUCAAGCAGAUACAUGAGAAGAGAGACGCGAAGGAGGAGAAUUUCGAGAUGUUGCAGCAGCAGGAACGUGCCAAGGUUGCUGAGCAGCAGAAGAAGAAUACUAAUCCCUCUAGCAACGAUGAUUGCCGAAAGAGAGCUGAGGAGCUUUCAAGCUUCAUAGAGUUUCAAGAGAAAGACAUGGAGGAGUUUGUGGAGGAGAGGGAGAAGCUCAUCAAAGAGCAAGAGAAGAAGAUGGCAGAGAUGAAGAAGAGGCAUCACGAGGAGAUGCUUGAUCUGGAGAGAGACUUUGAUGAGUCUUUGGAGGAGCUGAUGAACAAGCACGGCCUUCAGGUUGCAGAUGACUGA